AUGACGAUUUACAGGUCUCACCUUCCCGACCAGCCGGUCCCCUACAUGAACGCCUAUAGUUUCGCAAUCUCCAACCCCAACAACACCCCUGACGAAUACCCAAUCCUCAUCGACGGGAUCACAAAACAAACCCUCACCUUUGGGCAAUGGAGACAUGAUAUCCGUCGCUGGGCCACGGCCCUCCAACACUCUCUGGGUUUCAAACGUGGAGACGUUUUGGCGUUGUUCUCGUUCAAUCAGGUCGAUUAUUCGGUCACCAUGUUUGGACCCCUCGUCUUUGCUGGUAUUACCACUACCGUCAACUCGGCGUAUAAUGCGGACGAGCUGGCGUACCAGUUGCAGGAUUCUGGCGCGACUGCGAUGGUGACUCAUCCGGAACUGUUGGUUACUGCGCGGGCCGGUGCCAAGAAGGUCGGGUUGCCGGAGGAGAGGAUCUUUUUGUAUGGAGAUCAGAUUGUGGAUGGAUUCAGGCCCUAUACCAGUUUGUUGCCACCCGUAGAGACGCCCGAAAGUCAAUUGGUCAAGCCGGUGGUGUUGGAUGCCAAGGAGUGCAAGGAGACGACAGCGUUGAUUUGUUAUUCGAGUGGGACGACGGGGCGGAGUAAAGGCGUUGAGUUGUCGCAUUUGAAUUUUGCAGUCAAUGCUGCUCAGGUCGUUGCGUGUGAUGGAGAGUUGAAGGCCCAUGAUAAUGUUGCUCUGAGUGUCUUGCCCAUGUACCACAUGUACAGUAUCCAACUCCACUUGAUGUGUGGAGCCCACAGCGGCCUUCAAAAUAUCGUUAUGCAAAAGUUCAACCCCGAGGACUUUCUUAAGAUCAUCCAGGACUACAAGAGUAAGAUCCCACGAACCAUCGAUGAGUGUUCGAACACAAAAGGAAACAAAGCGAGGGCAUUACAAGCAACUAACACCCCUCGUAUCAUUUUGAACAAAACAACUAAACAAAUAGUCAAGACCCUGAACCUAGUCCCGCCUCAAGUCCUGAUGCUCGUGAAAUCCCCCCUAGUCGCAAAAUACGACCUCUCCCACGUCCGCCAAAUAACCGUUGGUGCGGCCCCUUGUUCCCGAGAACUGAUCGAAGCCCUCCUGGAGAAAUAUCCUGCCAUUGCCUUCCGUCAAGCUUACGGCAUGUCGGAAGCCUCCCCCGGAACCCAUGUCGGUCUUUACAACGAUAUGGUCCACGGAUCUGCCGGCAAGAUGCUCCCCAACCAAGAAGUUCGACUCGUCGACUCCGAGACUGGCAAGGAUGCUGCUCCUGGGGAGCGCGGAGAGAUUUGGAUCCGUGGGUUGAAUGUGAUGAAGGGGUACCGCAACAAUGAAAAGGCGACGAAGGAGACGAUCGACAGUGAGGGCUGGUUACAUACGGGCGACGUGGCCGUGGUCGAUACCCGGGGCAACUUUUUUGUAGUCGACCGGUUGAAGGAACUGAUCAAGUACAAAGGGUUCCAAGUCGCGCCCGCAGAACUCGAGGCCAUCCUCUUGACCCAUCCACAGAUCCUGGACGCGGCCGUGAUUGGUGUCGAGAACAAGGAACAGGCGACAGAGGUUCCUCUGGCGUUUGUUGUCAAGAACCAGUCGAGCCCCGAGGGCAAGGCGUUGACGGAGGAGCAGGUUGUGGAGUAUGUUGCGUCCAAGGUUGCGGCGCACAAGAAACUCCGUGGUGGGGUUAGGUUCAUUGAUUUGGUUCCCAAGUCUGCCGCCGGCAAGAUCUUAAGGAAGGACCUCAGAGUCCUCCUCGAGGGGCCUCCCAAAUCCAAGUUGUAA